AUGUAUUACAAGGGUCGGGAUAAAUCAAAGUGGUGUGAGUUUCACAGGGACUACGGUCACAUAACAGAAGACUUUAAAGACCUCAAGCACGGGAUGGAAGACCUCAUCAAAAGAGGCUACUUCACCCAGUACCAAGUCAGGAUCGACCCUAAGUCUCCAUCUGGAGAGGAAGAAAACGGUAACAGGAGGUCAGUGAAAGACAGGAUCAAUGAAAUUCCUGUCAUAUCUGGAGGGCCGACACGAGGUGGAAGUAUACACGGUGCCAAAGCUAGGCUAAAAGAGGCGAGGCACCAAGUGAACUACCACAACACGGGGAAAUGCCCGGCACCACCAGCCAUGACAUCCGUAGCUUUUACGUCAGAGGACGCUAAGGGAACUGUCUACCCCCAUGAUGAUCCCUUGGUAGUAUCUCUGCAGAUAUCAACUGCAAUGGUGCAUCGCGUGCUGCUGGAUGGUGGAAGCUCCGCCAACAUCCUAUACAAGGAGAUAUUCGAGAAAAUGGGCUUCGACUUGUCAUCUCUGCAGAUUUCAUGUCUGAAGCCGGUCUCAUAUCUUGUCAUCGAUUUCACAGGGGCAUCUGUCGUCCCGGAAGGAACCAUUAAGCUGGUAGUAAAACUGGGGGAGGGAUCUCAAUCUAGGGACCUGAUAGUGGAAUUCCUUGUUGUUGACGUCCCGGCAGCGUACAACGCCGUCAUCGGACGACCUUUGAUUCAUGAUGCCCAAGCUGUGGUAUCUACCUAUCAUCUUAUAAUGGUAUACACCUCAAAUGACGGCAACUCGGAGAAAAUCAGAGGGAGCCAAGAGUCGACAAGGGCUUGCUACCUGAUCGCCCUCAGGCACUCUGAUCAUAAGCGUCCUGCUGACACACCACCAUCAUAG